AUGCGCGGUAUCAGUAGAGACGCAUUCCUCAAAGACCCUUAUUUCCUAGUGGAAUCAAAAAAACUGCCCAAAUGGACCAGUGAAACAACUUUAUCGGAGAAGGUUACGCAAAGCCUCAUCGCUCAGCCCAAAGCCUGCACUCCAGCCAAUAGAGGUGCUUCUAAACUUGCCCCUAACCCAUUGGGUUCGUCGAAUUCUCCGACAGAUGAAGACUGGGACGCAGUGUCACACACGAGCGCAAGCGGAAGCGAAGACAACGGCACCACCGCGAUGCAAGCGGAAAGCCGGGAAAUUGCUCGGUUGAGGGAACAUGCAGCCUUUAGAACUGAACAAACUCAGCGACGAAGAGAUCAGGUGGCGAUAAAUUCUCGUGCCUCAAUGGACGAACAGCAAAGGGAGCAGAAGCGACUAAAGAGGAAGGAAUGGUACGAGAGUGGCGGUGAGGUUGAAACCCUGACCGUUCCAAGAUUCAAUGAUGUUACCGAAACUCUCAUUAUAGAUUGUGCAGCACAAUGUCUCACCGCAUUCAUGGUGCCUCCCACAGUGGCCCAACAGGAACCCAACCCCAGUUCCUCAACUGCAACCCAACCACAGUUCCUCAACACUACUGGAACUCGCCGCAUUCCGAACCUCGUCGCACGAACUCAAGACAAUCGGUCAAAGUCCAUACUCGGCAAUAUGAAGCGGCUGCUGUGCUGUAGCAAGGGCUUCGUCAAAGAGUUCGAUGAUCCAACCCACCAACGCCAUCCAGAGAACUCGGCCCACAACCCUGAAGCCUGGGAGGUCGAGGCCAAGAAACGAGUACUCUUGCGCGGAUAUGACCUCAAUGGUCAUCACCUGGGAGGUCUCGAUGAUGGGGUGAAGGUUCGAGACUUUGCCUAUCAAGAACAAAAUUCGACCACGGGUUAG